AUGUCUCCAUAUCGGAUUGUCUUUGGUAAGGCUUCUCAUAUGCUAGUAGAGGUGGAGCACAAGGCAUACUGGGCUAUCAAAAGCUGCAGCCUUGAUCUUGCUAGUGCUGGUGCUGAAAGAAAGUUACAAUUGCAAGAACUUGAAGAGCUUAGGAGAGAAGCCUAUGAGAAUGCUCGGAUCUACAAGGAAAAGACCAAGGCUAUCCAUGAUAAGCUCAUCUUAAGAAGGGAGUUUCACCUGGGGCAAAAAGUUCUACUUUAUGUCUCUAGACUUAAACUCAUGCCUGAGAUUAAGAGAGAGCCAACUGGAAGAUGCUUCACAGUCAAUGGUCAUCGCUUGAAGCCUUAUUACGAGGGAUUCUCUACCCGAGAUGGAGGUCAUCACACUAUGAGACGCCACGUAGCCCCGGUUGUAUUCCUUCCCUUCACUCUUUUUGCUUUGCAUUGUCACAUUAUUGAGCUAGGCUAUGUUGGAUAUCACUUAUUUUUAUGA